GUUCCUGAGUGUCCCUGAAGGCAGCAAAGGUAAGCCCUGCCCUCCCAGCCGGCUGCCGCAGCGGUGCGUUCAUGGGACUUUUUCCGGAGUGUUUGAAAGUUGUCAACAGAGAAGCAGAGGAGGGAGCAGGAGAUCAGCGGCUUUAACGGGACUGCGGAGCUCGGAGGAGGAGGAAUGGGCUGCACUCAGAGCAAGAAGAAAAGCAAAGGCAAGAAAGGAGAGAAGACUCAGAAGGCGAACAUCCGCCAGGAUGAUGAAGGCAAACGUGCGUCAGGUCAGCCAGACGUCUGUCUGGAGAAGCAGUUGGAGCGGUUUGAGUGGCAGCUGAGGAUUUUAAAGGAGGCCAAUGGGAACCCAGAGAGGGCGGAGGUACUGAAAGACCAUUGUGAUGAAGAACUCUGUGGCCUCGUACUGAGUAUCCUUGAUAAGGUGAAAACGGAGACGACGGCCGAUUUGAACAUUCUGCAUGAACAGAAGAGUAAAUCUGCUACUGAGGAGCACGAGAGGCACGUGGAAGAGCUGCAGAGGAGAAACGAGCACGAGAAAAAUCAACUGACAGAAAAGUUUCAGGCGGCUGAAAACGUUCUCAAGGCUAAAGUGGAGGAACUGACGGCAGAGCUGCAGGUUUACAACGAACUGAAGAGACGAGUCGAAGAAUCGACGUUUAAGAAGGACCUGCAGAGGAAUAUACAGGCUCACGGGAGCCCAGGUGCAUUCUGGGAGUCUGAGCAGGAGUCCCUGGUGUUUGUGAUUGAGAUGAAGAGUGAGCGCGUGCAGGAGCAGAACAGGAAGCUGCAACAGAUGGACAUGCUGGUGGAGAAGAAUUUGGCUUUGGAGGACCAGGUCGUCCACACCCUGCAGCAGAACGAGGACCUGAGGGUCCGGAUAGACAACUGCCAGACUCUCAUUCAGCAGCUAUCGAAGGAGCAGCAAGACAUGAAGGUGGCGCUGGAGAGGCAGGUAGCAUCCAACCAGAAGCUUUCUCAGGAAAAAGAGCAGCUAAUGUUCAAGCUGAGACACAGGGACUCAAGCCCGCCCAUCCACCUGCCCACCGUGAUGCCGGAGAUCACGCCAAGAUGACCAACUGCGAGUCUGACCCUGGAUCUUUUUUCGACUAGCAGCCCGUCUGGUUUCAGUAACUGAGCAAAAGAGUCAAACAGAGCGUGAGCGGCCAACCUUUUGAGCUCUGACUCUGCCUACAUUAAUGCUGAACAAUGAGAACAUCGGUUUCACUGCAGCCAGCGGAUCUUCUGCAGUCGAUGAGGUUUACUGAACAACUCUGGAUCCUCUGAGAUCACAGCAAGCUUUAAGCGUUUACCGCUGUAUGCACGAACUGUUUGGAGCCAGAGAGACAUGCUUAUUUUUGUUUUUCUGGCAUUUUCUAAUGACAAUCAUCGGUUUGAUGGCGGUUUAAAUGUUACAGAAAGCUUCAAACUGAGAUACUAGGAAGAGAGUUUUAUUUUAUUGCAGAGCAAAAACGGACUGAUGAGCGUGGCAGCACAGAAAUGCUCGCUCUGUCCGUCACAUCACGUUAGCAGAAAACUGAUUGAGUCGAGUAGUGGAGUGGAACCUAUCUUGAGUUCAAGUUCAAGAACUCCUGCUGGCGCCAUAAAACCUGCAUCAUAUGCUGUGAUGCUUCGUCAGGUGUACCUUUUCAUCAGGUCUAGACCUCCAGCUAUCAACGACUUUCCUUUUUGAAUGAAACUUUUAGCCCACCAUCAGUCUAGAACCCACAUAUUUCAUAAAUCACAUCCAAUAACAGGAAAUGGACAUAUACGUGUGAUAAUAGCCAUAAAACUUGACUAAUUUGAUUUCUUUUGCUGACGAACUAUUACUCCAAUCACUGUAUCUGUAGGUAUUACGGUUCUGGAAAUUCAGAAACCUAAGACGGAUAAACUCUCAUCAGUCUUCAAGCAGUGCCAACAAACUGUUUGUCCAUUCCGUGGUGUGCCUUCUCUGAUCGUCUUGUCUGCCAAAGUGCCUCCCAUCAGGACAUGAGCCUCUUUGUUGGAGUUGGAGCCUUGCUGAGUUGAACAGUAUUAGAUGCACGUGAAGUAGCUGAAGGUUCAAACGUAUUAAACUAUCUCCAAGGACUCUGCUAGGAACCAGGUUUGUUGAUUGUACCAGAAAGUCUGAGACCUUUGAGGUUUCAAGGGUUCUAACAAAGGCCCGUUUUACUUGGAUGGUUUAUGCAUUUGAUGAGCUUCCUGAAGGUCCUCAAGAAAAAAUAUGACUAGUACGUGAUGGCUUUCCAGUUUAUUAGUGUUUUAGCGUUUACCUUUGUGCCUUUUCUAACUGCAGGGACUGUUUUUCCACUACUUAUUUUAUCCUUUUUAUUUCCAGCUUGCUCCCUUCACUAAUAGUCCACCAAAUUUAAAAAAACAAAACAAAAAACAGGGCUAUCUCUAGAAACAACAGACCUGCUGGGUCUGUCUGGAAUUAUUUGUUUCUUUUCACGUAAAUCACCCCAGUUUCUACUGGUAACUUUUGGCUGUUGGUUAUUUUUCACGAGGUAGUAUUUUACGACACCAGAACUAAACAUAAAAGUGAGCAGAGGUUUAAACCCUGAAAGGACUAGUACAGUUCUCGAUGUAGGGUGGAACCAAACCCACAAUGGAAAUAGAAAGGUAAAUACUGACACCAAUUCACACCUACCCUGUGUUGGAACAAUGCUUGGUGCUUUGUAGGGAAGUCUUUCAGGUUUUUCUCUCAUUACGAACUUCUGCUUGAAGGCUCAGAUCUUUGUUUUUGUUUUUUUUGUAGUUGGUUCUCUCAGUUCUUCUCAAGCACCUCUAUUUUUUGAUGUUCAAUUGAGAUCACACUUUUCAUUGUACAGCAUCAGUAAUUGAGUAUUUAGGAGCCAAAAAAAGAAACUGCAUUAAAGGUUAUUAAAGUAUUAAAUGGGCUUUCAGAUCAACAGUUUUUCUCAGCCAUAGUUUUAUUUGUUAAAAAAAAUUACCCGCUAUAUAUGGCACGCUAACAUAAUAUCUCAUGCUAUUGUCUUUUGGUUGAAAAGCGUUGCAAUAAUAUUAAGAUAUGUUAGCUGAAUGUUAAAACCUAGGACCAGAGCUUCAGUGAACACCUCUGUAAGAGCUAUCAGUGCUGCUUGUUACUGUCAAUUAGGGUUGAUGUGCUAGCAGUAAAUUAUUAGCAUGUUACUCGUGUGUUUACCCGUUAGUAAUAGUAUAUUAACAUCCCCAGAAAAAAAGGUACAUGUCAGAGUGCUAGCACACAAUACUUAGUAAAAUACACAUUCAUAUCUUAACCUUAGCAAGCAGAAUGCUUUAAAGGGUGAGGUUUUUUUGUUUUUUUUUUUAACCCACUGUUGGUUUAAAACUACAUUAACAGUGUUUGCUAACAGUUAGAAAAUGUCUAAAAAAACAAACAAAAAACUGUGGCGUGAGGUUGCACCUUACAAUAACUCUGCUCUAUUAGUCCGUGAGCUAUUGUGGCUGGUAGGCUAACUGCUAACAUGUUGGCUGGCUCCAGUAAUUAGCUGUGUAGGCUUAGCCAGCUUGUUCUGGUUGUGUUCAUAAUAUAUUAGAGUGAGCAUGCUUAUCAUGUUCUUUAUAUAUUUACUGCUUUUAUAUAACUAUUUUUUCAUGUGUAUUAGUUAGCUAGCUAGCUUAGCUGCUAACUAGAAGUUAAAGCAGUUUAACCACACAACAUCAGUACUUUUCCUUUCUACAUCUCUUUGUUAGUCAGUUAAUUUAUCUUUUUAGCUGCGUGUAGGGCUGUGUUAUCUAACUGGUAACAUGCCAGCUAGCCACAGUAGCUCACAAAUAUUAGCAGACUAGCUGUUUGGGUGUUUAUUGUUUUAAGUUAUUCAGUGAUGUGAUGUAAACAUUGAGCUAAAUUCUGCGACCAGUUAAAAUAGUCAUCUAAAUCACAUAAAUCUGAAGUGUCCUUUUCCAUGCAUCUUUGUGAAGCUGUUAGUCAUUUAGCAGACAACAAAAUGCUAACAUGCUGGCAUCCGCCAUUUUGCAGGAUUCUUAAAAUUUCUAUUUCCGUAACAGGUACAUUUAAAGCUUAAACAGUGUAAUUUUCACAAGUAAAUACUUGAGAACAGUCACAGAAAUCUAAUCACUGUAUACAGUCUUUGAGUCAGUUAAUGGAUUUUUUUUCUUUGGAAGAUUUGAAAAAUAUUGUUAUUUUUGUCAGGUUUUUUUUUUUUUGCCUGACGUAAGUUUGUAUUGCCAAAAAACAAUGUCAGUGUUGUUACAGCUCUGUAUUUUGCACCAGCACUUUGACCGCUAUUUUUACCAGGCAUUUAUAGAGAUUUACAUAUUGUACAGUUUAGAUUUUUUUUCUCUUUCUUACAUGUAAAGAAAAAAAAGUGGUAUCUGUCUUUUUGCAGUCGAAUGGAAGUCAAGCAGUUUGCUUUCACAGCGUGAUGUAAAUACACUCAAAUGUUUUCUUUGUUGUUUUUUUUUUGACUUGUUAAAAUAAAAAUCUGUAACUGA